UGGUGCUGCGGCCCGCGAGAGGGUUCGGAUCGAUCUCAGCGGGUGGCGAUUGCUUCCGCCUGCUGUUUGGGAAUGGCGGCCUCGAGGGAGCUGAGGGGCUGCAGGAGUCAGGGAAGGGGUCUCUCUGCGCGCUGACCGCUACCCGGACUGUCCUGGGCUGUGUGCUAUGGAGAAGCCUGACUCUCCGGCCACGGAAGACCGCGCUGGCGGUCGCAGUUGGUGCUUACGACGAGUGGGGAUGUCCUCCGAGUGGCUGCUGCUGGAGGAUGAGAGUGAGGUGACUAUAGGGCGAGGAUAUGGUGUCACCUACCAACUGGUUUCUAAAAGCUGCCCAUUGAUGAUUUCCCGAAACCAUUGUAUUUUGAAGCAGAAUGCUGAAGACCAAUGGACAAUUAUGGACAACAAGAGUCUGAAUGGUGUUUGGCUGAACAGAGAACGCCUGCAACCUUUAAAGGUCUAUGCCAUCCAGAAGGGAGACUUCAUUCAGCUUGGGGUACCUUUGGAGAAUAAGGAGAACGCAGAAUAUGAAUAUGAAGUUACUGAAGAAGAAUGGGUUAGGUUAUAUCCAUGUCUUGCCACUAAGUGUGAUCAGAUGAUGGAAAAAAAUAAAGGCCUGAGAACUAAAAGGAAGUUUAGUUUGGAUGAGAUAGAUGGUUCUGGAGCCGAAGGUCCCUCAGAUUCGAAAUCCAGAGUGAAUAAAAUGUCUUGUGAACGUGGUCAGUCGGUGACAUCCCAUGAGAAUGGUGAAGUCACCAGUCAGUCUCCUGAGAUUUUGGCUCCUAAGUUGACUUCUCCUGAGACCAGUGCGAAGACAGCAGGGGCUCGUAUUUACCCUGCCCCCCCAAACGAUGUAGAGAUUCCUCAUAAGAAUCAGAAUGCCUCCAGCCCGUCUUUAUGUCAGAGCAACUUAGAGAUGUUUAAGGCAACCAUGUCUAGGAUUGUGAUGCUGAAAACACAGAUGCAGGAAAAGCAGGUUGCUGUUCUGAAUGUGAAAAAACAGAACCAAAAAGGGUGCUCCAAAAAAAUUGUGGAAAUGGAGCAGGAACUACAGGACUUAGAGGCCCAGCUUGAUGAAGAACAGGCCCAGCAGCAAGCAAGAGUGGAGCAACUGGAGAAGACGUUCCAGGAAGAGGAGCUGCAUCUCCAGGGUUUGGAGAAAGAGCAAGGAGAAGAGGACUUGAAGCAACAGCUGGCCCAGGCCCUGCAGGAGCACCGGAUUCUAAUGGAAGAGCUAAAUCGCAGCAGGAGGAGCUUUGAAGAGAUCAUUCAAGCCAAGAACAGGGAACUGGCGCAAACCAAGGAAGAGAAAGAGAAGGUGCAGGCACAGAAAGAGGAAGUUCUGAACCACAUGAAUGACGUGCUGGAGAAUGAGCUCCAGUGUAUCAUUUGUUCAGAAUACUUCAUUGAGGCCAUCACUUUGAACUGUGCUCACAGUUUCUGCUCCUUCUGCAUCAGCGAAUGGGUGAAGCGCAAGAGCGAGUGUCCCAUUUGUCGGAAGGACAUCAUAUCCCAAACUCACUCCCUGGUUCUGGACAACUGCAUUAGCAAGAUGGUAGAUAAUCUGAGCUCAGAAGUGAGAGAGCGACGAACGAACCUCAUUAAGGAACGACGGGCAAAGAUCCGGUCCUGAAGCCCAUGCUCCAGAGCAUUUGAAAGACUGCCAGGCAAUGGGAACCUGGGAUGGUUUUGAAGGAUUCUUUCAGGACAUGACAUGGGCUAUCCUGGAGGUCAUCGUGAGAAGCUCUAUGGGACAGAGGCUGCGUUGACAAGUUCUGUCCUGAGCCUUUGAUGUUAGCCAGCCCUGCUCCUGCCAUGUCUGAAGCCUCACCAGUACACUUGGAGCCGGCUGCUUCAGACUGCUUCACUCUCUGUUGAAUAAGUUAUUCAAGUUCUGUUCUGUUGUUUAUAUUUGUUCUUACUACGAUUGCUGUUGUUAAUAUUAUUUUGGUGCUUUAGAAACAUCUCCAUUUGGGACAGGUUGGGUGUCACCUUAUGGCUACCCCUGAAAGCUAAGGUAACCUCUAUUUUGAGAGGAUGGAAUACCUCUUUGUGAAAACAAGAUGUCAUUUCCUGGAAAUAAAAUGUAAAAUCUGUUGGUUGCUCA